GAGAGCGAAAAGGUCCAAACCAAAAGAACCCUGUCUGAAUUUUAACUUCACUCUCUCUCUCUCUCUCUCUCAUUCUCUACACUCCCUCAAAUCGUGUUUGGCCUCCAAUUCUUGGCCCCCCCACUCCUUCUCGGCUUCUCCAUUUCUUCCUUUUUCUUUUUCUUCUUUUUGCAGAGUGUAAUUCCUCUGUUAUUUCCUACAUAGGGCUCGCAUUCUGAUAAAGGGGGAGAGAGAGUUCAGAAAUGGGCUGGUUCCUUUGUUCUGGAAAAUCGAAGAAGAGAGUAAAGAGAGAACAUGAUAAGAAGUCGGAUGAUCAGAUCCCUUCAGAAAAACUAAAGGCGAAUCCAUUGUUUGAUGUAAAGAAGGAAGCUUCUAAAGACGGAGGAUCUGGUCACAUUGCUGCUCACACGUUUACCUUCCGUGAAUUGGCCACAGCUGCCAAAAAUUUUAGAGCUGAUUGUCUUUUAGGUGAAGGUGGAUUUGGCAGAGUGUAUAAAGGACGACUAGAGAGCACUAACCAGGUUGUGGCUAUAAAGCAACUUGAUCGCAAUGGUUUGCAAGGAAACAGGGAAUUUCUUGUUGAAGUCUUGAUGUUGAGUUUACUUCAUCACCCGAACUUAGUGAACUUGAUUGGAUACUGUGCUGAUGGAGAUCAGAGACUCUUGGUGUAUGAAUACAUGCCGUUAGGAUCGUUGGAAGAUCAUCUACACGACCUUCCACCAGAUAAGAAGCGUCUCGAUUGGAAUACAAGAAUGAAAAUAGCUGCUGGAGCAGCAAAGGGCUUGGAGUAUUUGCAUGAUAAAGCGAACCCACCUGUUAUUUAUCGAGAUCUAAAGUGUUCAAAUAUUUUACUCGACGAAGAUUAUCACCCCAAGCUCUCUGAUUUUGGGUUGGCCAAAUUAGGCCCUGUUGGUGAUAAGACCCAUGUAUCCACUAGAGUGAUGGGAACAUAUGGAUAUUGUGCACCCGAAUAUGCCAUGACGGGGCAGCUCACGUUAAAGUCGGAUGUCUAUAGUUUUGGAGUGGUCCUUCUAGAAAUCAUUACAGGCAGAAAGGCUAUUGACAAUUCAAGAGCUGCCGGGGAACACAAUCUUGUUGCAUGGGCUCGACCUCUAUUUAAAGACCGUAGGAAGUUCUCACAAAUGGCUGAUCCGAUGCUCCAAGGCCAGUAUCCAGCUAGGGGAUUGUACCAAGCUCUUGCUGUCGCUGCAAUGUGUGUACAGGAGCAACCAAACAUGCGCCCUCUAAUGGCGGAUGUGGUGACGGCCUUAACUUAUCUUGCUUCACAAAAAUAUGACCCCGAGACUCAGCCCAUUCAAAGGCCAAGUUCAGGCUCCUCAACUCCAAGAAUGCGAAGAGAACAGCGAUGAUAUCGGAAUGCAGUCGAUAAGCUACUCUUAAGAUUCCCCAUGCCAUGAACAAAGGUUUGUAUAAACCCAAAGUAAGUGCCCCUUGAGAAUGGUUUGAAGGAUGGAUGAAUAUAUUGAACUUUUUGAUCCUCUCGAAGAUCCGCAACCACUGGCUGCAUCAUGUUGGGUGCUGUUACGGAGUUUGGAUUUGUCAUGAGGUUCGUUCAGAGCUGUCGUUGGUUCUCUUUAGUUAUGAAGAAGAAGGUAAAAAUGGUGAAGCCCCCAUCCGAGUGAUGAUGUUUUUGUGAAGAGUUUCCUUCUGUUGUUGUAUGUAGAUUUUUCUUGAUUCUUUGGUCUCUCUCUCUCUCUCUGUCUCUCUUCUCUUUUUUGCCUUAUUCAGUUAUUCCUCCUCUUUUGCAGCCCUGUCUCUAACGUGUACUUGAAGAUCGUGUAUUUAAAUGUUAAUACGAAUGGCUAUAAACAUCAUAUUGCUUUCA